UGUUCAGGCGGGGGUGCGCGCGCAGCUACGGCGUCCCGGACUGCAGCUCCUGCAGUCACCGCCAUGGCCGCCCCGCUCUUGCUGCAGCAAGGACGAGCCGGGGCGCUGAAGACUUUCCUCCAGGAAGCCCAUGUGUUUCGAGGACUUGCUUCUACAGUUUCUUUGUCUGCGGAAUCAGGGAAGAGUGAAAAGGGUCAGCCACAGAAUCCCAAGAAGCAGAGUACACCAAAAAAUGUAGUGGAGCCAAAGCAGAAGGGCAAGCUCCUAGCCACCCAGACAGCAGCUCAAUUGUCUAAAAACCCAUCUUCACCCGGUUCUCACCCACCAGCUGUGAAUAAGGGCGGGACGGUAGCUAGCCCCAGCCCCGAUGGCAGCGUGCUGUUCACAGAUGAAGGAGUUCCGAAAUUUUUGUCCAGAAAGACUUUGGUAGAGUUUCCACAGAAAGUUCCAUCUCCGUUCAGAAAACAGGGCUCUGGUUCAGAAGCUCGUCGGGUGGGUUGGAAAGUGGAAUCGUCUUCGUCUUCAUCCUCAUCCUCGUCCAGCUCCUCUGAUUCCGAGUCUGACGACGAGGCUGAUGUUUCAGAGGUCGCUUCUCAAGUGGUGAGCAAAGGCAGAGGGGGGCUUCGAAAACCAGAGGCCUCUCAUUCCUUUGAAAACAGAGCCCCCCAAGUUACAGUAUCAGUGAAAGAGAAAACCUUGCUGCAGAAGCCGCAUGCAGAUGUCACUUUUCCAGAGAAGCCCCGCCAGCCAAGGAAGAAAGGGCUCCCCACUAAGCCAUCAGAAGGCAGGGAAGACACGAGAGCAAAAACUGCAGGGCCCAGAUCUCAAGUAGAUGAGUUUUUGAAGCAGAGUUUAAAGGAAAAACAAUUGCAGAAAACAUUUAGAUUAAAUGAAAUAGGUAAAGAAAGCCAAAAGUCAUUUGAAGUUAAAGGACCCUUGCCUGUCCACACAAAAUCAGGGUCGUCUGCGCCACUGAAGGGCAGCCCAGCACCUACUGUGCUGGCAGAAGAGGCCAGAGAAGGGGGGCAGCUGCAAGCCGUUACUCCUGGGGCCUCAGAGGGGCAUCUAGAAAUGGUGGUGCCAGAGCCCCAGCACAAGGCGGUCCCUCCCCUGCCCGGAAAGGAAGCCUCGGGGAUGCAGGGAAGAGAGGGGCGCCUGAAGGCUAGAGAGGAGGUCGUGGGAGAUCAGAUUCCACCGCAAGAUGUGGAGACAGCUCCUGUUGAGAAGAACCACGGUUUCCGUGAAAAGCCAGCAGCGCCGAAGCGCGAGGCCAAGGGUGAGGCCAUGGAAGACACGGCUGCACCAGGGGACGAUCAAGACUGCACACAGGGCCCGGCCGCAGCGCCUACCGAGCCAUUCGACAACACGACCUACAAGAACCUCCAGCAUCAUGACUACAGCACGUACACCUUCUUAGAUCUAAACCUCGACCUCUCAAAAUUCAGGAUGCCUCAGCCCUCCUCGGGCCGGGAGUCACCUCGACACUGACGGCCCUCCGUGUGAAGAUGAACCUUGCUCCAUCUUGGCUGCAUCCUGGAGUGCACAAAUAAAAUCCACUCGAGUCACAAA